UCUCUCUCUAGAACACAGCACGGACUGAAUUUGUUUGUGUUGUUUUUCUCCAUGGAUUCUUAUGAAGCUACCAAGAUUGUUUUCUCAAGGAUCCAAAGCUUGGACCCAGAAAAUGCCUCAAAAAUCAUGGGGUACCUUCUGCUGCAAGCGCAUGGCGACAAGGAGAUGAUACGUAUGGCAUUCGGACCAGAAACUCUCCUGCACAAUCUCCUUCUCAACGCCAAAACACAACUCUCCCUACUUCCUGCCAACAACCCUGCUUCUACUUGUACCCCUACUACUGCUACUUUCACCCCCAUCUCCAGGCCUUCCCCUUUGUCCCUCUCCUCCUCCUCCUUCUCCUCCCCCUCCUCCUCUUCUUCCUCAACGAUUUGGUCCCUCUCCAAUCCCAUAAGUCCCUCCUCUGCUUCUUCUCCCUCCUAUGCCAAUAUUCUUACCAGAAACACUAACCCUACUUCUCUCUCUGCUUCUAGUAGUGAAGUUGUUGAAAAAUACCAGUUUCAGAGCAACCCUUCUUUUCUCAGUGAUCCAAAAACUGAUGACUUAUUUUAUGGGGCUGAAGAUUUGAGUUCUGGGGGGGGAUGGAAACCAUGUUUGUACUAUUUAAGGGGGUUCUGUAAAAACGGCAGCGCCUGCCGUUUUCUCCACGGCGACUCCGCCAGUACUGACGGAGGUAGCUCCGUUAAUGUUGACUCUCCAAGCAAUGCCAAUGUGCUUGAACAGUGCCAUGAGAUAAUCAGAUCCAAUGCCGCUGCUCAGCAGCAGAAACUAGCCGCACUGUCACACUUCAUGGCUGGUGGUGGUGGUGCUUCCUCUUUCCCAUAUAACAAGUGCAUGAAUUUUCUUAUGCAACAACAAAAUGAAUCCCCAAGGUCAGCGGCAUCUGUGUUGAUGACGGGAGACGAAGUUCAGAAGUUUGGGAGAUACCAACACGAUUUUUCGCCCUUAAAUUUGGGAGGAAACGUGAAUCACAGUUCAAGGCAGAUCUACUUGACAUUCCCAGCUGACAGUCCGUUUAGAGAAGAAGAUGUCUCUAAUUAUUUUAGCAUAUAUGGACCAGUGCAAGAUGUGAGGAUUCCAUACCAGCAAAGGAGGAUGUUUGGAUUUGUUACAUUCGUCUACUCCGAGACUGUGAGGAACAUUUUGGCGAAAGGGAAUCCUCAUUUCGUAUGCGAUUCCCGGGUGCUUGUGAAGCCUUACAAGGAGAAGGGCAAAAUCCCAGACAAGAAGCAACAACACCAACAGUUUGAGAGGGAAGACUAUCAUCUGUGUAGAAGCCUGUCCGCCAUCGAUUCAAGGGAGCGUUAUGACCUGAAUCUUGGAUCAAGGAUGUUUUACAAUACAGAAGACAUGCUUUUGAGAAGGAAAUUAGAGGAGCAGGCUAAUUUGCAGCAAGCCAUUGAAAUCCAAGAAAGGAGACUUAUGAACCUCCAACUUCUAGGCAUCAAAACCAACAAUCUUCAUCAUCAGAAUCAGUACUACAAUGGUCUAUCACAAGGCUCUCCAUUUCCUUCACCAACUUUGUCACAUGCAUCCAAAAAUCAAUCCCUCAAUUUUUCACCCAAAGACAGUAACGAAGAAUUCACACAAGAAUAUGAAGCUGAAAAACUGCAGCAGGAGAUGAAUCCAGCUUUUAACCAUGGAAAUGAAGAUAACAAUGGCAACGAUUUUAAAUUGCAUGAAAGUAUGGAGCACAAUCUCCCUGAUAGCCUAUCUGCAUCUCCAAAGAAAUCAGCUGCAGGGGACCAAAUAAAUGUCUUCUCAACUACUGCUUCUGCACAAGUUAAUACUGAAAGCAGCAGAGCCACAACCAUUUCCUCUAAUAAUAAUAAUAAUAUUAAUAUUAAUAAUACUAAUAAUAAUAAUAAUAAUAAUUUAUUGCCUACCACUUUUAUCCCAAAUGCAGAUUCCCCAAAAUCUGUUCUUUCCAAAUGCGCAGGUUUUCUUUUGGAAUGUAAUUAAGAAAGUUAAGCAUGGGCAGCAAUGGGGGAGAAUGACUUGGCUACUGCUAGGAAACAAUUGAGAAGGAUGAUACCAGGAAGAAAAAAUCCUCUAGCUAUAUCGCCAAAAAAGCAAGUACCUGUAUCAGACAAUCUUGUAGACAAGAUCUCAGCAAGAUUACCAUUGUCAUUUAUAUACAUCUAUAUAUAGUAUUUAGAAAAAUAAUAAUAGUUGUAUACAUAAAAAGAAGAACAGAUGGAGAUGGACUGAUUUAUUUGAGUGGGGUCUUUCAGUACUAUCUGCCCAAUCUACAUAGGUAUGUGCUAGCUGGAUCACGGCAAGCAAGCAAGAUGCAAUGUAACAUAUCAACUUUCAUAUGAUAUUUUAACUUAGGGUUACUUAUCUUUU